ACCAGUUUAAUGUCAGCAGGAACAGUUGUAAUAAGUGGAGGACUUCUCGCCACAGUCAUCCUGCUCUGCAUUGUAGCAGUGCUGUGCUACUGCAGGCUCCAGUACUACUGCUGUAAGAAAAAUGAGUCGGAGGUGGACUUGGCUUCCGUGGCUGGAGGAGGUGACGGAACGGGAGGAAGAGAUGGAGAAGGGGAUGCUCAAGGGGAGGUUCAGGCUCACUUUGCCUGCAAAUCGUGCAGCGCCUCUGGGAUGGACAGCCUGGCUGUCACCCCUCUCUGCCUGGAGCCCCUGGAGGUGGGCCCUCCCCCCAGCUACUGCCCCACCUGCUCCCCCUUCUGGCUACGCCCAGAACUUAGUGACGAGCUGCACAACGGAACCGAGCGGCUGGGAUUCCAUACGUAUCACUAUGACAACCCAGGACUGUGUCAAUCACUGCCCCCGUCAGACACGCCGCAGGCGCCCUUCUUUUUGACCCAGCCCGGCCAAUCCCCUUUGAGCUACUAUAGCCCCGUUGACAUCCACCCUAACACACCCUGCAGUAACAGACGCCCCUACAGCACACCGGUUUGAUGCACAUGGACACACACACACACACACACACACACACACACACUGACGUCACACACGCACUCAUACAAACACUCCUUCUCCCAGGGGAAAGAGUCCCAGAGACAUCCAGAGUACCACCCAUCCAGGGGAGAGAGCCACACACUGAACCCACAGACGGAGCCUCCUGAUCGGGACAGAACCCCAGAAGGACCCAUGUCUGGUGCGGCGGUGUGGAGGUCUGGUCAUCUAGUAAACCCUACAGUGGAGGAGAUGUUGGGUUUGACUAUGGGAGAUUACUACAGAUGAUGGGAGAAGAUAGACUGGAACAGCAACACACUAGUGUUUCUCUCUCUCUCUCUUUCUCUCGAUCUGUCUUUCUCUCCCUCCUUUUCUAUAUUUUUCUCUCCAUCUGUCUCCUCUGCCUGAAAGCUGAUAAUGUGAACGAGGUGACUGACAUGAGGGCUAUAUGUGUUUGUAGGUUUGCUUUACGUCUGGAAUGUCUAAUCACAUUACAUUCAACGACUAAAGCUCAAAGAUGUAUUUUUGUCUUCCAGAGUUUAAAGGAGCAGUAUGUCCCUUGUUGACCCCUCUGACCCGUAGAAAAAAAACACAUGUCAAAUUUGCAGUUUUACACGUGAUUUAAAAAUAUAUAUAUUGUAAGGGGAUAUCCGGAUGCAUUAUAUAUAAUCCUGGCUAAAACAAUACAAACACACAAACAUUUUAGCCAACGAGGGCAUCUGUUUGUCCAAUUCUAUGAUGUUUCACUUAGCCCUUACCCUGUCCUUCAAAACACAAAACAGAGAUGCUGUACACUUACUAAAAGCUGUUCAUUAUGACACUUGAUAAUAUAGACUAGUAUUGAUAAAUGAGAUGUUUUACUCUUUUCACACAAUGCACUUUCCACUUUUCUCACAGGGUGCGUCCCAAAUGGCACUGUAUUCCCUAUACAGUGCACUACUUUUGACCAGGACCCAUAUGGGUCUGGUCAAAAGUAGUGCCCUAUCUAGGGAACAGGGUGCCAUUUGGGACAAAGCCGUGGUCUUCACAUCUUGGUCUUCCUCACUUCCCGUUCCUUUUGUGAUUCUUUGUUAGAGAGUUGAUGGGGAAAUGGACAUCUGUCUGUUCAUGUGUUGAUUUACUGGAAAAAAACACUCAAAAGUUUGUGUUCACUGCUAUGUAGUCACACACUCACACAAAGACACUGCUGCCUGUAAGUCUGGCAAUGAAGGUAACUUUAAUAUUGAAUUCACUAAUUCUAUACUAUAUAUAUUUUUUUCUAUUAAAGGUGGACUAUUUCUAUUAAAAAUGACAUCAUCAUACACAGCAGGGCAACUUCCUGCUUACAGACUAUUUGCACUGUUCGUUGAGACAUGCCCAUAUUGGGAAGAGCCAGUGACAGAUUGGAAUUUUGUUGUUGAUGAUGUCUCUAAACAGGAAGUUGACCCGUGGUGUACGAUGAUGUCAUGUAGCUGAGUCUCCUUUAAAAUGAACUCUGAAGAUGAAUUCCACGUUUAAUGCACAGUGUUCCU